AAUAGCUUGCCAACAGUCCCAAACAAAGCCGAUGUUAACAGCUGCUGUCGCGCGUCUCUGCUGCCGCCAUUUGAAAUAAACGUUUGUGAAAUCCGAAAAAAAUCGGAGCUGUGUUUGUGAAUUACUGUACAGAUAGCCCCGAUUUUCUUGCAAGAUGGAAGACGUUGCGGUGGUGCUGACGUCGCUCACGGACCUUCAGCGCAGUCUGGAAUCCCUGCGCCUGACGCACGCCCAGGACCUGGACCACCUCUUCUAUGGAACAGGAGCGGCCCCCGUCGACCCGGAGCCGAAUGCCAAGGCGCCGGAGACCGCUCCAGAGGUAAGGAGUGGAAACUCGUCGGUCACACCACAGCAAACGAAGAAGCGGCCCAAACGGCUUAGUUCCCUGAUCGAGGACCAGGACGAGCCUCAAGUAACAGACACCACAACCAAUUCCACCGUACGCCAGAGCGCAAGGAUUAGCAACUCACAGCUUUUGGCUAUAGCCGAGGACAACUUAAACAGCACAGCCACUCUGAUGCCUCCACCCCCGGCUCCUGCGCCCGCUCCUGCUGAUACCACACUAAAUUCCACUCGGCCGCAGCGCGCAGCCAAGUUAAAGACCGAAGGGCUGAUGAAGGAGCCCUCGCUUACUCGCAAGCUGCGACGUCCUAGCAACGAAGUAAUGGUGAAGGUGAAGCUGGAAAACGAGCAGCGCCCCUCGCAGUUCAACGCUGCUACCACCACAAUUAGCACACAGGAAAAGGAACAACCUCCGAAGGAGUCUGAGCCUGCUCCGGAACUGUCAAUGGAGCAUGCAAAUGCCGAUGAGGAGAAUGCCGAUCAGGCCAACAACUCACGGACUUUGCGCGUUAAGAUCAAACGGGAAAAGAUAAGCAACGAAGGUCUACUCCCAACUCCAAACAUAACCAAUUCCUCUGUGGCUCUGGAAGCGACUGUGGAAGAUGCCCGGCCGGAUGAGACGGUGGCUAGCCAAGAGCCGGGAAAGAAGGGCCGCAAGAAGAAAAAGGACGCAGCCGCCUCCCAUCGACCGAUCAAAGUGGAGCGCUUUAGCGAACUGGACACAAGGUCGCCGGUGGCGUCACGCACUCGCAAGGGAAGCACUGAGUCGCGUCCGAAACAGGACCGCUCUAUUUACAAAGACGCAAUGGAGGAGCUGCCGAUUCCGGAGGUGCCUACGUCAGCAGCUGCUCAAGCCAUUUGUAACGAGACGGUGACAAUUUCGAAUGCAACAAUGGUAUUGGGCCCCGCGCCCACGGAAGACAGCAUUCGUGGCCCAGCAGCCGACGCCACCUUCGAGGUACACACUAGCGGCAAAAAGCAGCCUGAAUUACCCAAGCAAGACAGCCUUUUGACAGAGGACGAAUCGCUGGAGGAGAAGGUGCCAUUGGCAAAACUGCUAACGAAUGUCAAAGCAAUGAAGUUGCCGUCUCGCCCUCAUGAGCUCUUUAACCCUCUCCUACAGAGUCCCGUAAAGAUGCGAGUUGAGGCGUUUGAAAAUGCUGCCAGUGCGGCUAACUUGCGUCCCAAGCGAGUAAAAGAAGUGCAAAGUACCCCGGUAUCUGGCAACACACCCAAGGUAGGCAGGCUACCUGCUCCCGCAGUUGGACGCUUCUUUACGCCUACACAGAUGACCAGCACGCUACCGGCUAGUUCGGCUCAACCCAAAAAGGCCCCAGCAAGUGCCUCCAAGGCCACUACUCUGAUGAAGACUGCCACCGGAACCAACCUGAAGAGCACCAACUCCUCAUCAACCAAGACCUUAUCGCGAGAAAACAGUGGCGACGAUUUUAGGAAGGGACUUCACAACCUGGCCGAGGAGCGAAAGAAGCAGCGGGAACAGAAACACUUGCAGGCGGCUCUUCAGCGGGAAGCAAAGGAUCGGGAACGGGCUGAGCGAAUGGCUAAGGUGGCAGCGGAACGGAUAAAGAAGCAAGAGGAACGUAAACGCAUCGAGGAGCGCAAGCGACAGGAGCUGGAGGAACUGCAGCGCAAAAUGCGGCAACAGGAAGAGGCCGAGGCGCUUAAGAAGGCAAAACUUAAGGAGCAGGAGCAACAAAAACUGCAGCAGUUGACGGGCGCCAAGCCCAAAAAGAUGCUGCCACCACCGCCGAAGACAAAGUACACCUGGGAGAUGCUGCACGAAGACGAUUCCACCGACGACGAGGGCAAGGUCACUCACAAGCGUCCACCAGCGCCAACCUGGAGUCGAAGCCAUGUAAGGGGAGAUGCAAUCAUCAUGCAGAGCCACUGUCCCACCGACGUCAUCGACAGCUUCUUCUCGGUGGCGCCCACCACGCCUGACCUAAAGCAGAUAUUCCCGAAUAUCGAUCCCAGCCAGUUGAAACGGAACUCCAGUGUAUUGUGGUCGACACCACCACGCUACUCUGAGUUGCCGAAAUACUAGCGAAGUAAUCUUGUUCUCUAUAUCCGUAAUCACACAUGUUUAUGCUUGAAUAAAUAAAGUUAAUUGUGAAAAGUAAAA